AUGGCGGCGAUCGUGAGCCUUCUUGGAAACGCAUGGACGGCUCUCUUCGGCGGAGAUGAGGAUGAGUCGGACGAGGAGUUUGAGUCCCCACGCUGUGGUAAUGCAGCCGGCGCGUCCGGCGCGUCUGCUGUUGCGGCUCCGCUGCCCAAGCUGUUGGGCACGAGCGGGUGUGCAAGUCCCGAAGGGGUGCGGAAGCCUCUGCCGGGGGUGCCCAUGACUACAAGGACAAGUGCUACAAGGAACUCUUUUGAGGAGUGGUGUCAUUUGCACUUGAAUGGCUGUGGAAACAAGGACCUGACGAUCCUCCUGUUGGGGCAGACCGGCAGCGGCAAGUCUUCCUUUCUGAAUUUGCUGGGCAACUUUCCAACGGUCAUGCAGCAUGGUCAAGACGCCAUCGAUGGCAAGAUGCAAGACUACCGGAAGUUGGAGUUCGAGAAUGAUGUGAGAGACCAGAAAGUGAGCAAGACGUCAAACUCUUCCGUCUAUCUUGUGGAGGUGGGUCCACUGCGGUUGAAGAUCGUGGACACACCUGGCUUUGGUGACACUAGGGGCAGGACCUUUGAUGAGAAGCACACGAAGCUUAUCGUCGAAUGUGUGAAAACACUGGGCCAUGUUGAUGCCAUAGUCUUCGUCAUUUCAGGUCGUGAGCCUCGUUUGACAGUGCAGUUGAAGUAUGUUCUGAUGGAGGUUUGUGCAAUUUUGCCAAAAGCUGCAAAGAACAACAUUGUCGCAGUGUUCACCAACACUACGGGUCCGCUCUACCUGAGCUUCGACAUUGAUGCCUUGAAUGCCAUGGUCGAGAGUCCGGUACUGCCUGAGAGGCAGAUCUAUAUCGAGAACCCAUAUGUCCUUUGGGAGAGAUACAAGCAGAACAAAGGCAAAGUCGAUGACGAAGCCUUUCAGAUGGAUUUGGUGAAAACUUUCAGAGAUGCAGGGACAAACUUGGCAAAACUCUUUGUUGCCAUGCUGACCAUGCCCAGAUUGAACACCAAGGAGUUUGAAAGGCUCUAUCACUUGAGGCAGACAAUUGAGCUGCAGACUAUGAAGAUCCUUUCUGAGUUGGAGAAGGCUCAACAGGAGCACAAGAACUUGGAGAGGCAAAAGAAAGAGAUCGAACGCGCCAAAACAGAAGAAGACAUGAACAAGCAGUACAAGAGAAAGUUUGAGAGCACUCGCUGGGUGUUCAAGGAGGCAAAGGAACAUGGCACCUUCUGCGGUGUAAAGGAUUGCCAUUCAAAUUGCCAUGCACCAUGCAAGAUGGAGAAGACCAUGGACAAUGAGAAGUUCAAGAGCUGCUGUGCUUUCGAGUACACAUACAAAGAAGUGACUUUGAGAUCCAAAGCAGACAGAAAGGAAUUCUUGAGAGCCACAUGCGCGACGAGCGUGUGCUAUUCAAACUUGAUCAGGAUUCUGAAGAUGGAAAAGGUAGGUACGCUACUGUCCUCACAAACUCCGCUGAUUUCCAUUUUGACGGCCAGGACAUCAUGCAAUGGGCUUAUGUCUGGUGGGAAGGACAUUCUGGGUUUGCGGCCAAGCGCGACUUGA